AUGGAAAACGGCAUCCCGGACAGAGCGAAGCUGCUGUUUGAUCGAAUGCCACAGUUGCCUACAUCAAUCGCUGCCGCCUAUGCCCAGGACGGGCAUGUCGAUGGCGAUCCACCACCAAAUGCCCACAAGGGACUUGAUAUGCUUGUCGCAAUGCUCGGCCAGGCCGGGAGAAUGGAGGACGCCCUCAAGAUCCGGCAGCAAAUGUCGAAAUGGAACGUUUUCACCUGGAACGCGAUCCUCUCCGGCUAUGCGGGAGAUAUCCACUCUCGUGGGCAUUGCGGCGAGCACAGCUCGAGCCUCGAUCACGCGGCCAACGAGGCCACGCUCGAUGGUGGAGUGAGGAUCGAUCCUGUGUCGUUCAUCACCAUCCUUUCGGCUUGCAGCCAUCUGGGGAAGAUCCAAAUCGCCCGCGAUCAAUGGUCGCCUAUGAUCGCAAGAACCAAAACUUUGGGUUCUUCCCAGAGAGCAAUGUCGGGCGAUCACAGGGCUAGAGAGCGGCAUUUCCCGGUGGAUCUUGUGAGGGCUGCUGGGCGGCCAAGGCUAUGUUCUUCGAUCGAAUGUGCCACCACGACCAUCCACUGUCAGGCGAUGAUCGAUCGUGUCCCAGAGCGCCAGGCCGUGAUAUGGAACUCAAUGAUCACUGCGCUCGCGCAGGGGCAAAACGAGGCAGCAAAAUCGAUCUUUGAUAGAAUGCCGGCCGUGUCGUGGACGAAUCUACUGCUGUGCUACGCGCAGAAUGAUUCCUGGAAAAAUUGGACAGGGCGUUCCAUCGGCUCCCCUUCACCAACGCAGUGUGUCGGAGAAGAAUCUAGUCUCGUGGAGCUGCUUCUCGCGUAUGCCGAGAAUGGGCACUUUGACGGAGCCGUGAGGUUCUUCCACGAGAUCCCACACAAGACCAUCGUCUGCUGGACAGCUCUCAUGCAAGUUUACGUCAAUUUGGGCCAUCUCGGCACCGCCAGGAGUGUGAUUAAGAGCAUGAAGAUGCUCAGCUUGGGACGACGGGCACUACGAUCGAGCAGUGGAAGUCUUCCAUCUUAUGAAUCUCGAGGGCGUCACGCUGGACAAGGUGACGUUCCGGAGCGUUUUAACUUCGUGCAGCCAUUGCCAAGGGCUGGGAGCACUUCGUCUCAAUCAGCCGAGACUUUGAGAUGGUGCCGAGGAGAGAGCGCUAUUGCUGCAUGA